ACGACCUUCCACCGAUCACUCAAAAGACAUACACGAUGGCCAAUAAGCCCAGCGUCUUAUUGUCUGCGUCCACAAUGCCGGUCGCUCCCAAAUGGCCGCUGGCUACCUAAGCCACCUCGCCGGCAACACCAUUGAAGUCCGUUCCGCCGGAUCGGCCCCAGUCGACUCCAUCAACGCCGUCGUCGUCGAGGCAAUGCUCGAAGAAGGUAUCGACAUCAGCGACCAAAAACCGAAGAUUCUAACCACCGAUGCUAUUCAAGCCAGCGACGUUGUCAUCACUAUGGGCUGUGGCGAUGCCUGCCCCCUCUUCCCUGGAAAGCGCUAUCUCGACUGGAAACUUGACAACCCUGCCGGCGAAGGCUUAGAUGCCGUGCGGACUAUCCGUCGAAAAAUUCGUCAGCGCAUCGAAGUCUUAUUGCUGAACUUCGGUCUUCGAGCUGACGGCACUUGAAGAGGAUACACAGAGUGGUUUGCUGAGGAUGCUGGGAAGCUGGGCAGCUGCAGUGGCCGUUUGCCAGCUUCUUGUUCUGUAGUCUGUACCCCCG